ACAUCCACUAACCCGCGCACCUCCACGCUUCUGGUCCCCUAACAUAACGGGCCAGGGUCAUGAGUAUUGUCCUCUGUUAUCUGGACAGCAGCACAUUACUAUUUCAAGUGCCGACCAGGAUCGUCACUAUUCCACCCUCGUCACAAGCAGCCUUCUAGUGUUGAUCAGUCACACUUCAGCCCCAGCUGAACGGUUGACAUCAUCGUUUGCCCCGCCACACCUCGACAGACCGAAUGGACCAGAUUCCAGGCAUUCUAUAUGCCGACGAGGACUUUACCACAUGGCUAAUACUCGGCGCCAGCAGAGGCAUAGGGCUAGAGUUCGUCAGACAGCUGUUAAAUAAGAACGAGCGCAUCAUCGCUACUGUACGAGAGCCUUGGGCUGGUCAUGCCAGUGGCUUGUGGGGACAAGCGGGGAGCGAUCAUGGCCGAUGCCAAAUGUAUACAUGUGACAUUCUGUCAGAGCAGAGCAUCGAGAAAUUCGUUGCGCAGCUGGCAAUGAUACCGAACCUAAAGAUAGACUAUGUCGUGCUAAACGCAGGUGUUCUAAGGUACCCGAAUAGGGCCACUGAGCUAUCGUUCGACGAGUUCGCUUUCCAUCUGCACACUAACACAAUCGGGCCUAUCAUCACAGCCCAGAAGCUACUUCAAACGAACAUUCCUAUCGGCACCAUCACAUUCAUGUCCAGUGAUUCGGGCUCCCAAGGUAACUUCCGCGAAAUGGAAGAUGGCUUCGCUGCAUAUGCUGCCUCCAAAGCUGCACUCAACAUGGCGGUCAGACAUAUGGCUGCUGAGUUGAAGAGGAAAGACGAUGAUACCAUCAUCCUAUGCAUGCACCCGGGGGAAGUUGCAACAGACAUGGCGAACGUCCAACUGCCAUGGGAAGUCCAAGGCAUAAUCACGCCAGAAGAGUCGGUCAUGAAGAUGAUCGAAGUCAUCAAAAGCAAAGGCAUACAACACAGUGGUACUUUCUGGACUUAUGAGAACAAGCCAUAUGUCUGGUGACAACUGGAGACGCUCAUGGUGGCUAUGGCUCUCAUCUCAUAUUCUUGCAUACUUUUCGCAAAAUCUCCGCUAGGCAGUACCUAUACCCAUCUAAUAGAAUGCAUAUACACUAGUG